AUGCUGCCCACAGAGCCACCCUUGGCUGUCCACAGCAUGCUGUUUACAGAGCCACCCUUGGUUGUCCACAGAGAGGCAGCCACUGAAAAAGCUGUGACCAAGGCUUCGAGGCAGCACGACUUCAUCUUCUGUGCCAACAUCGUAGGCACUUUGGGCAAUGCCAUCCAAGCGCUUCAGGCCUUCCUAAUCAUCGCGGAUCGACUCCAAGCGAGGGGUUGGCGGGUCCUGGUGCUCUUGCCAGCUGUGGGGCUUCAUGAAUAUGACCGUGAGCCGCUGCCGGAGUAUGCAAACGGCACUGGCUGGGAGGAGCUCUUUGAUUUGACUCCAUUGAAGAAGAUUCUGGAUAUAGAGGAGGUGACGGACACGGUGGCGGAGCGGCGGAGGGUCACCUGCUGGGAGGAAUCCUGUGAGAUCUCGGUGUGGUCGAUGGCACAGGUGCGAGUGCAAGAUCUCCGUGAGGUCCAAGUGCCUCACGUUUGGAUGGGCCCCGGUAAGGAGGAGUGGAUGUUCUCGCAGCUGUAUGACAACCUGGAGUCUUUGGCCGGAUCCACCUACGCAGCCCCCAUCCGGGUCUUCUGGCAGAUGCAGCGCUUCUCGCCCACGCGCUGUGCACCCUUCGUGUACCCAGAGGCUGCGCAGCGGAUCAGUGAGCACUUGCAGCCCAAGCUGGUGGCCUCCGAGCCGUGUGCCUUCGUCUACGUGAGCCACAUCCUUCGGCGCGACGGCCUGUGGCCCCUGCAAAGCGCCAGUGGCUGGUUCACGCAGCCCAUCCAGGCAGCGAUCGGCCGCGUGGCGGUGGCAAUUGGGGAGCUCUUGGAGGAGCAGCAAAUUUCUUGCGCCAACUUCUACGUGAAGCUUCUGGGCCUCUCCGGGCAGGACUUUGUGGAGUUGGUGGAGCAGGGUGCCAGGGAGGGGAAAGUGGGCUUCGUGGCGAAGAGGCUCAAGAAGCGGAACUGUAAACUUUGCAUGGCAGGAAACAUGGAGAUUCUUCAGCGAGCUUCUUAUGCCCCUCUCUUGGUGGCCGAGCCAGACACUUUCUGGCCGGAUUUGCCUGCCAGCCGUUUGCUGGCACAAGAGAAGCCCGUGGCCUACUUGUAUGGAGAAGUGCUUUCCAAGAGGAGGUGGGAUGCGGAGCUGGAGAAAUACGUGGAGCCCGUGCCCAACAUCACUCUGCGACGCCUGAACUGUUCAACCCCCCAGGUCUAUCGAGGCCACUGUUUGGACGAACCACAGGAGGGUUCCUAUGAGUGUUGGCCCGACAGUUGA